AUGGAUACUUGUCAAUUUUCAUAUAUUUCCCGAGCAACUCUUCAAAUCACUACAGCACUUGGUAUAGAACGAUCUUGGAAUGAUUUGAGGAGUGAAUUUGGUCUUUCUGUUAGUCCUCUAGUUGGCGCUACAUAUUACAAAACAAUUAGUUUGAAAGGACCCCAAUUAUUUGCUGUCGAUAAACAAGAGUGUGUUUGGUAUCAUGAUGAUGGAAAUUGGUUUCGUUACAACACAGCUACUGAUAUAAAAUAUGAUACAAUAAAUUAUUUUAAUUCAAAUCGAGCACAAAAUGAAUUAGAAGAUCGUCUGGUUUUUGAUAUGAUAGCACAACAACCAGAAGAACCCAAUGACAUGAGCAAAGAAUUUGAAUAG